CGUCCCCGGCCUUGGCGGGACCCGGGGCGCACCUCUGGCCGUGGCUUCCACGCCAGCUCUACCCGCGCUCCAGUAGCCUCCCUGGGCCGGACGCUAGGGCUGCGCCGCAGCCUGACAUCCCCGCCACUGGACCUUACAAGGUUUCAUACACCUGAAAGAAGAGAAUGUCAAGACGAAGCACCCGUUUACAAGCUAAGCAGCAUGCACAGCCCAGUCAGCCAGACUCCCCCCAAGAAGCCCAGAUCAUCCAGGCCAAGAAGAGAAAAGCAGCACAGGAUGUCAAAAAAAGAAGAGAAGAGAAGGUCACCAGGAAACAUCAGUAUGAGAUAAGGAACUGUUGGCCACCUGUAUUAUCUGGAGGAAUCAGUCCUUGCAUUCUCAUUGAAACACCCCACAAAGAGAUAGGAACAAGUGACUUUUCUAGAUUUACAAGCUACAGAUUUAAAAAUCUUUUUAUUAAUCCUUCACCUUUGCCAGAUUUAAGCUGGGGAUGUUCCCAGGAGGUUUGGCUAAACAUGCUAAAAAAGGAAAGCACAUAUGUUCAUGACAAGAAUUUCGAAGGUCUGCACUGUGACCUAGAACCACAGAUGAGAUCAAUCCUUCUAGACUGGCUUUUAGAGGUAUGUGAAGUAUACACACUUCAUAGGGAAACAUUUUAUCUUGCACAAGACUUUUUUGAUAGAUUUAUGUUGACGCAAAGGAAUAUAAAUAAAAACAUGCUUCAGCUUAUUGGAAUUACCUCAUUAUUCAUUGCUUCCAAACUUGAGGAAAUAUAUGCUCCCAAACUCCAAGAGUUUGCUUAUGUCACUGAUGGUGCUUGCAGUGAGGAAGACAUUGUAAGGAUGGAACUCAUUAUAUUAAAGGCUUUGAAGUGGGAACUUUGUCCUGUCACAGUCAUCUCCUGGUUACAUCUCUUUCUCCAAGUCGAUGCUCUUAAGGAUGCUCCCAAAGUUCUUCUACCUCAGUAUUCUCAGGAAACCUUCAUCCUCAUUGCCCAGCUUCUGGAUCUGUGUAUUCUAGCCAUUGACUCAUUAGAGUUUCAGUACAGAAUACUGGCUGCUGCCGCCUUGUGCCAUUUUACCUCUAUUGAAGUGGUUAAGAAAGCCUCAGGUUUGGAGUGGGACAGUAUUUCAGAAUGUGUAGACUGGAUGGUCCCUUUUGUCAGUGUAGUCAAAAGUGCUAGUCCAGUGAAGCUGAAGACUUUCAAGAAGAUACCUAUGGAAGACAGACACAAUAUCCAGACACAUACAAAUUAUUUGGCCAUGCUGGAUGAAGUCAGCUAUGUAAACACCUUCAGAAAAGGGGGACAGUUGUCACCAGUUUGCAGUGGAGGAAUUAUGACACCACCGAAGAGUACAGAAAAACCACCAGGAAAACACUAAAGAUGUCAGGGAAGCAGACAAGUUUCAACUGAGCAAUACUAGCUUGAAUCUACUAAAGUUUUGCAAGAAAACGCCUUUGAUUAUCAUUGCCAAUUCAGACAUUACACUGCCAUUCUUGAUUUAAAAAACACUUAAAAUUGGCACUAAAGAACAAAUGUACUUACUUCCUUUAUUAGCUGUUAAAAAAACAGCAGGACAUGUUUACAAAGAUGACUUUGUUUCCAGGGUUACUGGACAGAAGCCAACCAUGAUUUAUGCCAUGGCAAUUUUUUUUGGAUGCAGUGUUACUGUAUUUGUCUUGAUAAACUAGGAAUUUUAUCAUUGCCAUUUUGGACUAGGUAAGUGCUACUUUUAAGUGAUGCAGUACUUUGAAUCUAGCUUUUAGAUUCUUAAAGUUCCUUUACUUUUGACUAGUGCAAUUUGGUUUUUGAAAAUAGAAUUUAAAUUUGUUUACAAAGAUAGUUUUGUAAUAAGGUGACUAAUUUAUCUAAAGCUGUUGUAGGAAGCUAUUAUAAAACUUGAAUUUUUACAAAUGGUGAAAUUAAAUUUGUUUAGCUAUUUUAUUUGCCUUGCCAUGUUUUUUAAUCAGUAAGUUGUCACUGAACAUUAACUGCUCUAAACAGUGGGAGUACCAAAGAAAUUAUAACGAGAUAAAUGCUGUGGCUCCUUCUUGGGGCUUUGUUAGACAUAGGUUGCUUUAUAAUAACCUUUCCUGUAUAUCACAAUUUGGAUGGAAACUUAUGUACAUUUUCAGACUAUUUAUAUGAGAAAGUCACUUUAUGACUCUUAAGAUAUCCCUGUGGAUAAAUUUAGCAUGACUAAGGCUUUAUGUUUCCAAAACUGUUGAACGUCCACUUUAAAUUCCUACACGAUGAGAAGAAAACUGUCAAAAGUGAAAGUUUAACAUUUGACCUAAAUUUCUAUUUUCUUAAGGCAGAAAAAUAUUAAAUGUACUGACUCCUAGAAAUCUAUUUAUUAAAUUUGCUGUAUAUAAGCCAGCUACUUCUACAUAAAUAUUUUAAAUCCGUCUCAAAAAGUAGAUUUAAGUAGAGUUACACAAGACUGCUAGUUAGCAGACAUGUGAACCUCUUCUACCUUUGAAGAAACUGUAAAUUAAAGCUGUUGCUACGGGAUGAAGUUUUCGAUACAGUUUUUGUUUUUAAACUAAUGUUUCAGUAUUUUGUCUGAAAAGAAAACACUAAAUGUGUAUAUAUGUACUAUAUAAACAAUCUUUUAAUAUUUUUAGCCCAUUGUUUAAAAAUAAAGGCCAAACAUUUUUAACUGCUUAAAAGUAAAGUUUUGCCAUUGCUUGAAGAAACUUUUUUUUCCUUCUCUGUGCUGCCAGCUGUAACACUUCUUCUGGGUUGCUUGCAUUCAAUUCUGUCUGGCCGAUGGCUUUGAUCUUUUCAAGAGAAAAAAAGUGAAAGUAGUAUUGGAGGUUAAAUCUCAAUAGUAUACAUUAAGCUUCUUAACCUGCUAAUAGUAAUAAAGUUAGUUUAAUGAUUAGCUCAAUCUUUAAUUGUAAAACCCCACGUUUGUGGCAAAAAGUAACCACUGAUUUAAGUUGUUUUUUUGUUUUGUUUUUUUAAGGAAAAGAUUGAUUGCUGAGCCAUGAUUUGUAGAAUCAUCUUUGUUCACAUUUUGCUACUUUGAGUAAAUUCAUAAAUGAAAAAUACAAGCCUUCCUGGGUAAUUGACAGUUCUACAGUUGAAUUGCUAAGUCUCCAAAAAGUAGCUUAAAAAAGACUCACAAUUUGGGGCUGGGGAUUUAGCUCAGCGGCAUAAGCGCCUGCCUUGCAAGCAGGCAAUCGUGAGUUCGAUCCCCGGUACUGAUAAAAAGGAAAAAGCAAAAGACUCACAAUUCAAAUUUCAGAGCUUUACUGUUUUGCUGUUUCUUAACAGUCGUGCAUAUGCAGAUAAGGCUGAACUCAAACUUGUGAUUUUCCUACCUCAGCCUCCCAAGUGCUGGAAUUACAGGUACACACUACCAUGCCUGGCUUGGGGUUUAUUUUUUUAAAUUUUCAUUAGUAUAUAUUUGCAGUACAUAGUGAUUACAUUUAUUAUGUGAAAUUGGUACACAUAACACAUCAAUUCUUUUUUCAUUCCCUCCCCUUCCCUGCUUUUUCCAUCUUUUGGUUUCCUCUUUCCAUUAUGAAAAAGCUCUCCCUAGUCUAACAUGCAAAAAUGCUCAGCACUGUACUGGUAUUGUAGCUUGCUUUUUGUAAUAGGAAACUUUCUAAUCUAUUAAAUAUCCACAGAAAUAUUCUGCUGUAGAGUGUUUAAGUGAGAAUACAGUUUAGGACCCAGGAAUCAAUACUUAAUAAAAAAUUAGAACUUCUUUAAA